AUGGCUGAUAAAAACUCGUUGACUUAUGUGAAUGCUGUUGUUAGUGAAGUUCAACGACUCGCGAAUCUUCUCCCGCAAAAUCUCUUCCGACAAACGACCGAAGAGGUGACGCUGAAUGGAUACAAAAUCCCGGCUGGAACCAUUAUCGUUCCACAAAUCAGCUGUGUGUUGUAUGAUGAAAAGAUCUUCCCCGAACCAUACAAAUUCAAACCGGAACGCAGAUAUCAAAUAUUUAUGUUUUUCGUUGUUCAAUAUUUGAUGCUCAACUCGGCGGGAAACUAUUUAUUCACGUCAUUCGGAGGACUCUAUCGGAGUUGUCGCGAUGAGAAAACGAAUUUGGAUGCAGUAAAAGAUGUUUGCGUGAUGGUGCAAAGCUGUCCACCAAAUUCUUCCGAUAUCCUCUUCCAUUCUCUGUACGAAGACAGGGAUUUUGUUUGUCCGAACAGUGGAUUGCCACAACAUUUGCAAUCCUUGCAAGCAAUAGGUUCGGGCAUUGGCGCUCUAUUGGGUGGGCAUGCGGCCGAUCAGUUUGGGAGAAAACUGAUCACAAACACCGGUGCAAUCUUGAUGUGUAUCGCGGGUCUUCUGGGAGCUAUUUCUCCAAAUUGGACCCUACUCGCGGUGGCCAUGUUUGGAAUGGGAUUUAGCUAUGGUGUUCUUGUUGACUCUUCAAUGACCCUCGCCAGUGAAUCAGUCGGUCCAAAGUAUCGAAUCGUGCAGACUCUAGCAUUUCAGUGGGCCCUCGCCAUGCAAAUAGCUGCAUUUAUUGCCUAUGUGACGGGCACUUGGAGAAUGUAUCUAAUUGUGAUCAAUGUGGCCGUGAUUCCCGCACUGUUUUUGGUACCACUUUGGGUCGAAUCGCCGAGAUGGUUGAUACAAAAGAGGAAAUAUUCUAAAGCAGCUGAAAGCCUCAACGUAAUGUCAAAAUGGAAUGGUGACAGUGUAACUUUCUCCGAAGACGAUCUCAAAGACAUACAACUAGACAAAGGAAAUUUAAAAAUCUACUCGAUUUGGCACCUUUUCAUGACGCGAAAAUUGUUUCUUUACAGUAUGGUGAUGAUUUUAUCGGCGUUAACCGUUGAAACCACGGUAGCUGUGAUCAUUUUCGAUGUGCAGACCCUAGCCGGUAAUCCUUUCUUGAACAUUGCUCUUUAUGGAACCCUUCGACUCUGGGUACCGCUAUUCAUCAUUUUCCUAGAGAAAUAUUCAAGCAAAAUUGGCCGAAGAUCUCUAUUUUGCACUUCGCAAGCUUUCACGACCAUUUGUUUUUUCGCCUUUUUACUAGUACCUGUCAAUUUGGAGUAUCGAAUGAUGAUCAAAACGGUUUUAGCUUUACUAGCAGGAAUCAGUAACUCGUCAAUAUUUUUCACUGUUUACAAGCAAUACUCGAUGGAACUCUAUCCGACAUUGAUGAGGGCAAUGGCUGUGGGAGCGUUUGGGGUCAUUGAGAGGAUAGGUGGCGCCAUGGCUCCUCAACUAGUUCAUCUCUCGCGAACAAUGUGGCCCGGAUUCGGCGUACUGGUGGCUUCAGUUUUAGCACUAGCUAGUCUCCUAGCCGGUUGGGCAAUCUUGCCAGAAACAAAGAACGCAACAAUGCCCGAUACGGUGAGUCAAGAGGAAAAAGGAAUACGUGAGGAAAGCCUU